CCCGCCGGCAAGUACUCCUCGUCGAUUGCUAAUUGCUACCGAGGGCAUCAAAGGUCGUCGUCGUCGUCAUGACCUCUCGUCUCCUACUUCGGGGGGGUCAUCGCCGCUUGGAUAACUUGGAGAAAAGUAUAUAUAUCCUACGAAUAAUACGAUACGAUGUCCAACCAGCUCGUCCUCGUAACCGGCAUCUCCGGCUUCGUAGCCACCCACGUCGCCCUCGAAUACCUCAAGAACGGCCACCCCGUCCGGGGGACCGUCAGGUCCCAAGAGAAGGGAGAGGUCGUCAAGAAGACGCCUUGUUUCCAGCCUUAUUUGGAGCAGUUGAGUUUUGUCGUCGUAGAGGAUCUUGUUACGGGGGAUUUCAGCGAGGCGGUCAAGGACGUAAGCAUCAUCGCCCACACCGCCUCGCCCUUCCACAUGUCCGGCUCGUCUUGGGAGAAAGACUAUAGGGACCCGGCUGUGAGGGGUACGAGGAACUGUUUGGAGGCCGCUGCGAAGGAGUCUAGUGUCAAGCACGUCGUCGUCACUUCUUCGUUUGCCUCCGUCGGAGACUUUAGCAAGCCGGCGACUGAACAGGCUGGCAAGGUUUAUACUGAAAAGGAUUGGAACCCGAUCACGGAGAAGGAGUGUGAGGGGUUGAAGAGCGACAACCCCAUGGCCGCCAGCCUGUGGUACUGCGCCUCGAAAAAGUUUGCGGAAAAGACCGCCUGGGAGAUCGCCGAACAGUCCAACUUUACCCUCUCGACCAUCUGCCCGCCCAUGGUCUUUGGCCCUCCCUUGCACAACGUCGACAGCUUGGACGCGCUCAACACGUCUAGCGGCGCGGUUUAUGGGUUGAUGAAGAAGGAUGGGAGUUCGAGCAAGGAGGUCCCCGACACCGCUUUCCCCGCUUUCGCUGAUGUUCGAAACGUCGCCGAGGCCCACUUCAAGUCCUCGAUCGAGGGCAAGAACGAGCGGUACCUUGUCUGCAACGGAACCUUUACCAACCAGACCAUCGUCGACUCUAUCCGGGACCGAUACCCGGACUUGAAGGACAGGUUGGCCGAGGGAAAGAGGGGCGAGAAGCCGGAUGGCAAGGUGUUCACAUUGGACGCUAGCAAGGCCGAGAAGGAGCUCGGGUUGAGGUACAUCUCCUUCGAGGACUGCGUCAAGGACACCGUCGAUAGGUUCCUCGCCAUCGAGAAGGAAGUCAACUAGGUACAGAUAGAGCCAAAUAGACAGGUAGAUAAACUCGCACACGCGUAAGGAUGAGGAUUUGUUACUGUAUCGACUAGAUGGAUCUUGAAAGGCGAUGAUGAAACGAUAUUACAGGAGCG